AUGGCCCUGUUAUGGGUGAAUUGUGAGUACUACCGCAGCACAGACCGAAUCGUGAUUCUGAUGACCGAGACGUGCAAUUUGCUCAUUCAAAUGUGUCGCCAAUACUUGGAUCCGACAGAAAUUAUCAAAGAAGAACCAGACGAAGGUUUGAUCAAAGUUAAUCAAUCUUUGCACAUUUUGCGUCAUUUUCGUGAUGUGGUGGAGGAUUAUCGGCAAAACGUGAAAGAAUCGUGUCAAGAACAACAAGUUGAACCGUCUGAAUGGUCGUUUCACUCGUCAUGGGUGUUUGGUCGAUUGAAUGCAUUCAUUGAAAGACUUGAAGCGAUUAAAGUACGAUUGUUUGGCACAAAUUCUUUAUUUGAUUUUAGCGAUCUUUGUUUCUUUUCUUUUCAAACAAUAUGA